AUGGAGAGGCCUGGAGAAAGUGCCAGAAGUGAGGACAGGCAGGACAUUAUUUUGGUGUGUUGCUUCUCACGUACUCCUCCCUGAUUCCUGGCCCCCCCAGUUUCAGAUCCGUGCGUCUGAUGAAGAAUGACACCAUGAACUUCCAGAAAUUCCCCUACACCAGCGAGGAUGAAGCCUGGAAAACCUACCUGGAGAACCCCCUGACUGCAGCCACCAAGGCCAUGAUGAGGGUGAACGGGGACGACGACAGCGUGGCCGCCCUCAGCCUCCUCUAUGACUACUACAUGGUCCCCAAGGAGAAGAGGAUUCUCCCAGCUGGGAUGAUGGCACGCAAUGACCUGGCUAAGAGGCACUGCCACGGGAUGGAUUUUGAGCCUGAGCUGCCCUCCUUCGAUGGCUCAGCCCACCUCAUGAAGCUGCUGUCAGAAAACGUCUCCAUGAGCCAGGAGUUCUGCGAGCCUCCCAAGAAGAACGGCCUGAGUCUCGAGGGUGUCCCUGCUCCUCACAAGGCAGCCCUGCUCCCUCCGGGCACCAGCAAGCUGGAAGCCACCCCAGAUAACUUCCUGGUGCCCCCGGGGGACGUGUAUGACAGCAGCUCCCUGAGCUCCCUGUUCGAGAGCCUGCCCCUGGCCCCGCAGCAGCGCUGGCAGCCCGACAGCACCUUCAAGGAGGACCCCCAGGAGACGCUGCUCUUCAGUGACAUCCUCAAACCCCAGCCAGAGCCUCCCUGCCCCGAGAGCUUCCCCACGGAUGGAGUGAAGAGUGACUUUGAAUACACUCUGGGGUCACCCAAAGCCAUUCACAUCAAAUCUGGGGACUCUCCCAUGGCCUACCUCAACAAAGGACAGUUCUACCCCAUCACACUGCGGACAGCUGGAGACAGCAAAUGUUUGCACUUGUCCUCAAAUAAAGUGAAGAGCGUGGUGAUGAUCGUGUUUGACAACGAGAAGAUCCCCACGGAGCAGCUGAAGUUCUGGAAGCACUGGCACUCCCGGCAGCCCACGGCCAAGCAGAGAGUCAUCGACGUGGCUGACUGCAAGGAGAACUUCAACACGGUGCAGAACAUCGAGGAGCUGGCCUACAAUGCCCUGUCCUUCGUGUGGAACAUCCACGAGGAAGCCAAGGUGUUUAUUGGGGUGAACUGCCUGAGCACAGACUUCUCCUCGCAGAAGGGAGUGAAGGGUGUCCCCCUGAACCUGCAGAUCGACACCUACGACUGCGGCAGCGGCAGCAGCCAGCUGGUGCACAGGGCUGUCUGCCAGAUCAAGAUCUUCUGUGACAAGGGAGCAGAGAGGAAAAUGAGGGAUGAUGAAAGGAAACAGUUCCGAAGGAAAGGAAAAUGCCUGGACUCCAACAACAACGGUCUGAAAGGCUGUUUGCUCUCUGGCUUCAGAGGGAACGAGAUCACCUUCCUGCGGCCCGAGAGCGACCUGGAGACGCAGCCCGUGCUCUUCAUCCCCAACGUGCACUUCUCCACCCCCCAGAGGUGUGGCUCGGUGCUCCCUCCCGCUGUUCCCAACUCUGCAAACAGGCUGCCCCUGAAGCGGAGCGGGGCCUCCUUCGCCGAUGACUUCGACCCGCUGCCCCCAAAGCAGAGCAAGGACGAAGACCCCCAGAGAGUGCUGCUCUACGUGCGCAGGGAGUCCGAGGAGGUGUUCGAUGCUCUCAUGUUGAAGACCCCGGAUCUGCAGGGCCUCAGGACAGCUAUUUCAGAAAAGUAUGGGCUUCCUGAAGAAAGCAUUUAUAAAGUCUACAAAAAGUGCAAAAGAGGGAUCCUGGUGAACAUGGACAACAACAUCAUCCAGCACUACAGCAACCACAUGGCCUUUCUGCUGGACAUGGUAGAGGCAGAGAACAAGUUCCAGAUCAUCCUCAAAGAGCUCUAA